UUCUCCCCUUUUGGAAAAAGCGGUAAAAUCUUUUUACUUUGUUGUGAAAUUUUCUCUUUAAUUAAUUAAUUGUUUCGCCUUUUUCCCCUCAAUGUUUGUCUUUAAUUAGUAUUCUAAAUGUUUAGUUAAUCGAUUCGUUCCACUUUUAGGCUCACCUUCUUUUUCGUUUGUUGUUGAAUCUGGUGUCUUUUCCUCUUUCUUCUGGUAUCAUGGAUUCAUCUGCAUUGUCUAUUAGUCAUGAUUAUCUUGACAUCGAUUCCAUCAUCGCUUUGAGUACUAAGGUUACUACUAAAAUGGAAGCAACUGUGGCAGGAUUGGGCUUCAUUGAUCCAACAAGUGAUUUGAAAGAUAUAAAUAAAAACACUAAACUAGAAUUGCCUCUUUGGUUAACCCGUGAAUUGUACAAUGAUGGUUUGGUUUCAUUUGAUCUUCCCAAGGGUUACAAUGAGUCUUUCCGUGAAGUUUUAAAGGCCGGAGCUGAGGUUGUUGAUCUACAUCGACUUGGACCUAAUUUUUAUCGUCUUGGACAAUUUUUGGCGGCCAUGAAUUUACCAGAAAGUGAAAUAGCCUCCACUUUGGUGGAAACUUUUUUCCAACGUUAUCGUAAAAUCUAUGAUUUCUCAACCAAUUCAACAACUUUUUCAUCUCUAUCCACAGAUUUAUCUCAAUUCACUGGAAGACUUGAUAAUGAGGAGAAAAAAUUGUUUGAUGAAACUUUCAAAGCGAUGGAAAAGUUCAAAUCAUGGCAAGACCGAAGAAUUGAGAAAAUUCAAUCCAACGAAUUAGUUAACAAAUUGAGAAAACGGAAAAGAGCUGCCAUGGAAUUGGAUUAGUUUAUUACUCGAUUAAAAUUCAAAAAUAGGAUCAAAAUUAUUUGGAAUAUGUCAACUUAAUUACAAAAAAAAAAUCUCUCAAUCAAAUGUUUUCCAUUUAGAUUUAGGAAUAUCAGAUCCACCAUUUAAUUUAGUUUUAUUUGACUUGUUGAUAAAUUGUUGAUUUGAUGGUUUAUUUGAUGAUUGAUAAUUUGUUGCCACUUUCAGCCUAUCCUUUGGUAUAGUUAACUCAAUAUGUUGAUUAGAUGAUUGGUAAUUAGUUGUCACUCUCAGCCUAUCCUUUGGUAUUGUCAACUCAAUUUGUUGAUUUGAUGGUUGAUAAUUUGUGGCUACUUUCAGCCUAUCCUUUGGUAUUGUUAACUCAAUCUGUUGAUUACCAACACAAUUUAAAUCAUUUCCAUUUUUUUGAUUUAUUUUAGCUUUUGAAUUGUUGUUACCACCAACUUCCUGGGGUAAGGAUCCUUUUCCAGUGAGCUGUUUUUAAUACCAUAACCAAAAAUCAUGAUGAAAUCUUUAAAAGAGACAAAAAUAAAUUAAUCAUAAACUCCAA